UCCAGUUGCAAUAUCCAUAUGAGAUUACAAAAGCUCGAUUGUAUAUAUGUAUAUAUAUAUAUAUACAUAUUAGAACAGGUUCCACUUAACGCUCACAACGACGCGAGCAUUAUUCUAUCUUUAUUCAACAUCCAAUGAGAAACGAAGAAUGACGCUCGCAUCGUUACGAGCGGUAAGUGGAACGCGCCUAUGUGUAUAUAAUUCGUCUGUCACAAUCUAACCUAUAUUCUUCUCCAAGAUGUUACGAAUAUUUGAGAGACAAACUUUUCGAAGUAUAAGAAAUAGCAGAAGAUUAAAUACGUGGUCAGGUCUCGCCACGGUAUUUAAUUCCAGUAUCGAUCAAAAUUUCCUAAAUAUAUCGAAAAAAGAAACGGGAUUAUUUGGUAUUCCGGAGUUGAAAAAUGAGGAUGGCUUUUACAUAUUAAAAAAUCGUGCAUUGACGCAAGUAGAUAUUCUUAUUGAUGAAGCUACAAGCAAGGACAGAAAGAGAAAAAUGGUAGAAAUAUUUGACGAACUGUCUGAUACGUUAUGCAAAGUAGCGGAUAUGGCAGAAUUUAUCAGAAUUGCACAUUCUGAUGAACAGUAUGUAAGAGCAGCUGAGGAUGCUUGUAUAACUGUUAGCGGUGUAGUUGAAAAAUUAAAUACACAUCGUGAGUUGUAUGACUCAUUAAAACAAGUGACAUGUAACGGAGAUAUUCAGAAAACCUCCAAUAUAGAUAAUCAUGUAGCUAAAUUAUUUUUAUUCGAUUUUGAACAAUGCGGCAUACAUUUGCCUGAGAAGCAUAGGAGAAAAGUGGUCGAACUAAAUGACUACAUUUUGCAAGUAGGUCAGAAAUUUAUGACCGGUGCUGUCAUACCAAGAGCAGUUAAUGCUAAUGCGUUACCCGAUGUUGUUAGACAGUAUUUUGUGACAGAGAAUGGUCAGAUAUUAGUGCAAGGACUUUAUACUGACUCCUCCAAUACCGCCGUUCGCGAAGCAGCGUACAAAUUAUUUUUGUACCCCGAUGAAGAACAAGAGUAUCUGCUGCAUGAACUUUUGAGUUCCAGGCAUCUACUAGCGGAAUUCUGUGGAUUUGCAUCUUACGCUCACAGAGCUGUGAAAGGGAGUACGGUCGAGUCACCGACCGUAGUGACAGAAUUUCUUAAUAUACUGAACGAAAAUUUGCGGUCUAAAGCGGCACAAGACUUUCAAGAGAUGCAAAAGAUGAAAGACGCCGAGUCAUCUGUGAGACAAGAGCUAAUGCCAUGGGACACCAAUUAUUUCAUGGCUAAAGUGAAAAAGGCUUGGUUGAACACUUCCUCCACCGAAUUCGCCCCGUACUUUUCCCUUGGUGCUUGCAUGGAGGGCAUAAAUAUUCUUACGCAGUCGUUAUACGGAGUCAGGCUCGAGUCCGUGCCGGUACUGACCGGAGAAGUAUGGGCUAAUAACGUUCAUAAGCUGGCUGUAAUAGACGAGGACGAGGGAACGUUGGGUUACAUUUACUGCGAUUUUUACGAAAGAGCGGGCAAACCGAAUCAAGACUGCCACUUUACGAUUCAAGGUGGAAAGCAACUGCCGGACGGUUCUUAUCAGAGUCCUAUAGUUGUACUCAUGCUGUCACUGCCGCAUCCACACUGGCUGAAUCCGUGUUUGCUGAGUCCGUCGUCCGUGGACAAUCUGUUUCACGAAAUGGGGCACGCGUUGCAUUCUAUGCUCGGUCGAACAAAGUAUCAACAUGUAACCGGCACUCGGUGCAGCACAGAUUUCGCAGAAGUGCCAAGUGUGUUGAUGGAAUAUUUUGCGAGCGAUCCCAGGGUUGUGUCGAGAUUCGCAAAGCAUUUCCAAACUCGAGAGCCGAUGCCGGAGCAUCUGUUGCACAAACUGUGCGCAUCGAAGAAUAUUUUCUGCGCAUCCGAGCUGCAAAAUCAGGUGUUCUACAGUAUGCUGGAUCAGGUGUAUCACAGCGGUGAACUGACGAAAUCCACUACUGAAAUUUUAGCAGAUGUACAGAGGGGAUACUACGGUUUACCGUACGUACAAAACACGGCAUGGCAACUGAGAUUUUCUCACUUGGUUGGCUACGGCGCGAAGUACUACUCCUACUUGAUCUCCCGUGCGAUCGCUGCUUGGAUAUGGCAAACCUACUUCCACAAUGAUCCGUUUUGCCGAUCAGCGGGUGACCGUUAUCGAAGGGAGUGCUUAGCGCACGGAGGCGGCAAGCCGGCGUCGCAGCUAGUCUCGGAUUUCUUGAACAAAGAAGCUAACGCUACUACAUUUGCGAGAUCGCUGAUCAAUGAGAUUGAUAUGAAGAACUUACACGUGCAAAUGAUAAAAUAACAAUACGGUGUAAAUUUUUCGUAAUUUGUAUAAAUAAAUAGCAGUUUACGUGCUGCCUUUUGUGUAAAUUACGCGCAACUUUGUAAUAAAUUUUUAGGAAAAAAG